GGCAUUGGUAGUGAGAGGUCGUGCGCGUCCGCCUCUCCGCUGCCCUGUGUGUACCGUUUUGCAUGUACGGGUUUUGUGGGUCAUUCACGCACAUAGACGUACAUAGAGCGGGUUCAAUAGAUUGCUGAGGGUCUGUUGUCGUGUGUGAGCGUGUGUGCCAGGUGUUGCAAUGAAAAUGGAGGAUACCAAGUGAACGAAGGAAGGAAAGAAGGAAGGAAGGAAGGAAGGAACCCGCCCUACCCCUCUCCUCAUCCUCAUUUUUUUUUCCUCUUUCUUUUCAUAGUUUAAUUUUUUCUCCUCCUCUUUUUCUUUGUUCUUUUUCCUCUUAGUUCUCCUUCUAUUUUGUUUUCUUCUUCCUCUUUUUUUUCUUCUUUUUGUUUAUUCAUUUUUUCUCUUGUUCUUGUUCUUUUUGUUCUUGUUCUUGUUCUAGUUUUUUGCUUUUCGUUUUCUUCUUCUUCUCCUUCUCCUUUUUUUUCUUUUUUUUCUUCUUCUUCUUUUUCUUCUUCUUCUUUUUCUUCUUCUUCUUCUUCUUUUUCUUCUUCUUCACUGGUAUUGUUUUCCCCUGUGUUGCGUCCCUUGAUACCUCCUUAUCCUCCUCCUCCUCCUCCUCCUCCUCCUCCUCCUCCUCCUCUUGUGUUUGUGUCUGACGGAAAAAUCAAAGUGCUGUGGAGAGAAAAACAAGAAAGAGAAAGAGAGAAACAAAAUCCCAAGAAAUAAAAACGGAAAAAAAGUAAAUACACGGAAAAUAAAGAAAAAUAAAGAAAAGAAAAGGAGGUAAAGGAAGAGGUGAAGCAAAGGAAGAAAACAAAGGAAGAUUCACCUGUGAUUUUCUUCUCCAGGUGAAGACAAAGGAAUUUAAAGAUGUCGAAUAUUGUGGCACAGCGCGUCAUGUCCAGCCCCGGCCCCGGAACACAGGACAUGAACAAGACCCGGAUCGCCCGCCGGAGGAGUGACCCAGCGCCCGCCCCCUCCUCCACGUCCCCGUCCGCGUCCCCUUCGUCGAGGCGGCCAAGGGUGUUUAGCGGACGAAGGAAAAUAACCCCGGGCCUGAUGCCACCGGGGUCGCCAGGAACAUACCGUAAAAAAUCAUCCUCGUUGGAGCUGCCGGCGGCUCUCCAGCAGCUGCCCCGUCCACACCGCCCCAGCCUGUGUGACACCAAGAUGGCCGAAGACAAGCCAUGGCCCAACACAAAGGAGGAUUACGACCUGAGGGAAGUGAUUGGUAUCGGGGCCACAGCCGUCGUCCACUCAGCGCUGUGCAUCCCCCGCAGCGAAAAGUGUGCCAUUAAGAGGAUAAACUUAGAAAAAUGGAACACGAGUAUGGACGAGCUGCUGAAGGAGAUCCAGGCGAUGUCCUUGUGCCACCAUGAGAAUGUUGUCACCUACUACACAUCCUUCGUAGUCAAGGAGGAGCUCUGGCUCGUCCUCAAACUCCUGGGGGGCGGCUCACUUCUCGACAUCAUCAAACACAGCAGAUGGCAAGACAACAAGCACAGGACGAAGACGACCGACUGCAAGCAUGGCGUGUUUGACGAAGCGGUGAUCGCCACGGCACUGCGGGAGGUGCUGAAGGGGCUUGAAUACUUCCACAACAACGGACAGAUCCACAGAGACAUCAAGGCCGGGAACAUCCUGCUGGGGGAGGACGGGGUGGUUCAGAUCGCUGACUUCGGGGUGAGCGCUUGGCUGUCCACGGGCGGCGACCUCUCCCGACAGAAGUCCCGACACACCUUCGUAGGGACACCAUGUUGGAUGGCGCCUGAAGUCAUGGAACAGGUGUCAGGUUACGACUUCAAGGCUGACAUCUGGUCCUUCGGCAUCACGUGUAUCGAGAUGGUGACCGGCACAGCGCCCUACCACAAGUAUCCGCCCAUGAAGGUGCUGAUGCUGACCCUACAGAACGACCCACCGACCUUGGAGACGGGUGCAGAGGAGAAGGACCAAUACAAGAGUUACGGCAAGGCCAUCCGCAAGCUGAUCACCGACUGCCUACAAAAGGACCCCACCAAACGCCCUACUGCCUUGGAGCUGCUCAAACACCCCUUCUUCAAGAAAGCCAAGGACAAGAAGUAUCUCCAGAGUGUCUUGCUGCAGGGAGGGCCGUCCAUAGAAGAGAGAGUAUCUAAGCAGUCCCGCAGCAGACAACCCGGCACCUCGGGGAGACUCCACCGGACGCAGAGUGGCGACUGGGUGUGGUCCAGUGACGAGGAGGACGACAAGGAUGGAGACGAGGCGGACAAGAUCUCCACCAGCAGUAGUGAAAGUAGUGGCGAAAAACAACAGCAGCAGCAGUCAACGUCACAGAGCUCCACACGCUCCGACACAUCACAGUCCUCCACACAGCAGCCUCAGGUCACGCCGCAGCCACCUAAGACGCAGGAACAUCCACAACAGCAGCAGCAGCAGCAGCCCCCCGCAUCAUCUCAGUCCACCCCUCCCGCCUCACAGUCCAGCCCAGUCACCGCAGCACCCACGCCACAGCAGUCCAUCCCGCCACAGCAGGAAGGGUUACCGCAGCAGCCACUCCUCAUCCAGCAACAGCCGCAGCCUCCGCUCAGCUACCAGCCCCAGGUCAUGCCACAGUUAGCGGGUGGCAUUCCCCCACAGUCCUAUCCCCUUCAGUACCAACAGCAAGUAGCUGCACCACAGCAGGUCCUCCCACACAUGGCACAGCAGCACCCACAGCAGCUACCUCCACAGGUGUACCCACUUCAGCACAUCCCACAGCAGCCUAUGGGAAUGGUGCAACAGCAGAUGCCUGGCAUGGUGGCCGUGAGUGGCAUGGUGCCCGACAUGAUGAUGGCAGCCCCCAUGGCGCCGGUCGUGCCCACAAGCAUACCGCAGGGCAUGGCAUACUCCCAGCCCGUGGCCGACCCCAGCAUGCCCCUGUCCAUGGCCCAGGUGCCUCAGGGCGUGACUGAGGGCUACGUGACGGGCCCAGUCCAGCAGGUGUCCUUGGAGAAUGAACCCAUUAACCUGGUGCUAAGGGUCAGGAACCAAAGGAGAGAGCUCAACGAUAUCCGGUUUGAGUUCAGCGUUGGACGAGACACCUCCGAGGGCGUCGCGUCAGAGCUGGUGGCGGCCGGGCUGGUGGACGGACGGGACCUUGUGGUGAUCGCCGCCAACCUGGACAAAAUCACCCAACACCCCGAGCUUGGCCAGAACCUUACCUUCAGAUUGAACUCUGAGUGUGAGGCGACCGAGACGCCUGACGACAAGGCGUUAAUAGGGUUCGCGCAGCUCACCAUCUCGGACUGACGGGGGGGCGAGGUCCUCCCCCUCCAGGGCUCCCCGGGCACCAGGAGGGCCUGAGGCACCCCCGUGGGAGGCCGCCACCGCUGCCGCCCCCGUGUGAUUAAUGAUCAAAAUCCUCUUUUUACAUUAUUCUUGUCCGAGCUGUGAGGUGUGAGGAGGGAGGGAAGGAAGGAGGGGAGAGGGAGGGUGUGUAGGCUGACCUAACAUUCAGUACAGUGGAGCCUCGGUUCUCAAACUUAAUUCGUUCCUUAAGGUUCAGAAACCAGUUUGUUUGAAAACUGAAACCAUUCUCCUGCAAGAAUUAAUGUGAAAUGGAUUAAUCCAUUACAGAACCCCCAAAUGAUUGCUUAUUCAAACCUUUAUAACAGUACUUCAUGUGUAAAUUCAUAUUCAUACACUUGUACAUCAAACUGUAGGCCUGUAAACUGGUAAAGUAGCGAGUCUGGCAACUGAGGGGGAAGUGUGGGUAGGCUGGGGCAGUGUUACCGGAUUAUCUUACUCCGCAAAUUGUAUUUUUUGGUUUCUGACCCACAACUAUUGCAAAAAACAUAAGGUUUUAACGGUUUUAACAACAACUUAUUGAAUAUCCUAAUUUGUGUCAUCUUGGAGUGUUGAUGUCACCCUGGCCGUAUAUCCCAGGACCAGCCUCAGACGCACUCUAGUCUAUAACUUGAACUCAAUGGAAAGUAUUGCGUAGACUCUCCAGGUGUCCGAGUGUGGCGCUGCGUGUAUAUCCAAUAUGCUCCAUUUGAUAGGGAGUCUGCAUCAUAACUGACUCCCUCCCAUCGUACGUCUCGGCCGGCAGAGCACUUGGUUGUCGGCUUGCCUGUCCUGAAACCAGUGCAUCUUAUGUUCUGAAAAUAUGUUCGGGAACUGCUUUGUUUGAGAAGUCGUUCGAAAAGCGAGGUUCCACUGUACACAUGUAUAAACAGUAUGUAUAAGAUUGCAACAUGUUCUGUGAUGCGUAAUGGAAGGCUUUGAUCUUCCUGUGUAGGGAACAUUAUUCUCUCUCUUGCUCGGCAUAAACAGUGAGUUGCUUCAGUGCAAUAAUGAAAGUGACAGGUACAUGCACACACUCAGACACACACACACACACACACACACACACACACACACACACACACACAUAUGUUGGAACACUCGCUCACACUUUCCCCAGUCUUCAGUUUUGCCGGCUGCCCAAGACAGGAGUGGUUGUUGCCUUCAGUCAUUUGUUAUUGGUACACAAAAUGGUUUAAUUUGUAAGUGUUUUCAAGCACAGAUAUUGGUUUCCUUGUCAUAGGUUCAGUAGUGUGUGUGUGUGUGUGUGUGUGUGUGUUUGCUCCUAAAGCCUAGAGGAAGACAGGCUGCCCACACAAUGCAUAUUCUCAUCAACACUCUGCAUCGCCAUUGGACGAGAAGCAUUUCGGAUCAUUCACUAGCAUAAGACGGUAACGUAGUCGCUUGUUGCUUCUAGAUUCGUCACUCAGGGCGGCUGGCUAAGCUGCGGCCACUUGUAAAACCAUAAUCCUGUCACCCGCAAGGAAUUUACGAGAAUAUGUGUGUAUAUAUAUAAAUAACUUUCUUUUUUGAGUUGGUUUGGUCGAGUCAUUGACUACUGGUGGACCUUGUUUUACAGUAUUCCUUUUCACAUAGUCUUUGUCAUUUCUCUCAUCACCUUUAACGGCUGUAAUUUAUCAUGUUGAUCACGGCUUACCAGUAGAGCCAGCAGGAAUAUUCUUUGUGUAAGAUGUAGGUUAUACUUUCCAGAAAGACGACAUUCUUCAGGUAUAUUCGGUGAUACGUAGUGUGACUCGGAGGAUGGCCGUUGCAUAAAACAACCGACUCUUUAAGACCCUCGUUUGUGCCCCUACUCUUCGACUUGUGAACUUAGCAUGUUUUGGCAGACCUCGUUUCAUUAGCUUUCAUUGUAUUCCUUGCAAGAGAUUUCACCGAGCAUGACAAUAGUGUUCAUUUGCUAGUGUCAUAGAACAACUACUGUAACUACUACUACUUCUACUGCUUGCUCAUUCCUUCUCUCCUCCCAUAUACCUUCCUCUUUGAUGUUCCCUUUCCAAGUUUUCAUAUUACUAAUACUUCUGCUACUUCUACUUCUUGCUCCUUCUUUCCGUCUCCCAUUUUCCUUUCUUCUCUUCCUCUUUUGAUAUUCUUUCCUUUCCAGUUUUUCUUUCUAUUUCUUCUUUUUCUUCAGACGCCUACUUCCAGUAUUCUCCGGCGUGUUAACUCAGCCCAUUGUGGCGUUUAUUAUAUGUAUGGAGAUGUUAUAUUCCUUGCAAGUCCAUCCUUUUGCCACGCUCAGAAAUGGUGUUUGCCUCUGUUGCCUCACGUGCCCAUGGGUGUGUCUGUUGACCGGCCACUUGCCAGCAUCAAAACAGCAUAUUUUGGCAAACACAUUUUAACUAUCUUUUUUUUCCUUCAUUUAUUUCAUUUUCAUUAUUUGCAUCACAACCUUUUUCUCAUACUUUUGAUAUCAUGUUCAAAUUCAAUGACACAAUUUUUUUCGGAAAUUCUUGUAUAAAAUUCACUUUUCCCAUAAGUUCUUUUGCUUGUCAAACACUAAUUUUGUCCAGUGUGAUACGAUAUCUGACAUAAGUUUCUGCGUUGGACACGAGGCCGCUGUAUUUGAUUUUAUUGGGCGAGUUGAUAACUUACCUAUUGACAUACUUUUGGAUGUAACGUCUUGGUGUCCCCAUCCACCGGUUCGUCGAGUCGAGAGUUUACGGAACACCUGUAAAAACGUGUGGUGAGAGUCGUUGGUCCAGUCAGUUGUAUGUUUGACGGAGUGCAUGUUGCGUUCACUUCUGAAGGGUCUGUUGCUCACUCUUUUAAGUUCCUCAUGUGUUUGUCCAUACGUGUACAUACGUUACUGUGGCGUCAUACAGCUGCACGUUGUUGGUCAGGAUCUUUCACCUGUGCUCCGUGUUUAGUUUCCUUUAUAGUGUGCAUAGUGGAGGUGAACAUACUACAUGAUUAGUAUAAAUUGUUAUUGUUUAAGGCCUCUUAUAUCAAGUCAGGUUAGCGAAUACUUCAGGCAAUUCUUGUUAUACACAUUGUGGGUAUCGUGGGUAAAUAUUUCUUGAAUUUUCCAUAUAAAUCAAAGUUGUGUGGAGGAAAGGCCAUGCUGCAAGCUGCUCCCCUCCAACACUAUUUGGGCCUAAAAUACCCUCCAUUGAUUAUUAGGUGUGAUAAAUUGUGUACAGAUAGCAAGUGUGCACAUGAUGGGUGUACAUAUAACAAGGCUUGCCUGUGUUACAUGCUGUAUACAUUUCUUCUAACAUGUGAUGUCAUGUGGAAAGUGUUGCCAAGACUGCCGGCUGGCUGACUGCCUCCGGGGUGGCCGUCAGGUGUAACUCUCAGCCCCGGCAAGUGUUCUACAUCCUCAGUUCUCACUUUACACCAUUUUCUGCAGCUUUGUUAUGCCACACUUUUAGACCCUUGAUUGAGAGUCGGUCACUACCAAGAAUGCCUCACCCAUCCUUCUGACCUCACGGAGACCAAUGACAUCCCACUUAAUACCCUCCAUUUUUAGAGUAAUUCAGCUAAACUGCCUUGCCUUGUCUAAAGUCCUAGCAUUGUACAUUGCCAGGGUCAGAUUCCAGGGUGGCCUGUGUGCACCCAGAAUGUAUGUAUUACAAGGAAAUUAUUCCAAUUAUAUCUUGUUAGGUAAAGGUAAAGUUAAGGAGAGUAAGGCACAUGAGAGGUGAGGCUGAGACGAUGUAGCUGGCAUUCACACUUUUGGGCGACAUCAAAGCGAGGAAGCAAGAGUCAUUCUUGUGCUGGUCGCCCUGCCACCCAUGCCAGGAGUCAGCCACGCUCUGGCGUCUUAGAGUAAGUCUGAAAUAGCAACUUGAACACUGACUUUGCCUCGGAGGAGAAUGAGACGCAUCAUCCUGGAAGUUCUGCUGGACUGAGCACAGUGCAAUAACUUUUCCACGCUGAAGCCGAUGCUGCUGCAGAUGUUCCUCUCCAAUGCUUGAAGACAAGAGACUGAUGAUUCGUGUGUCCAGUGAACGUAAGGUUUGCCCACCAGUCUGCGGAAAGCCUUGGCAGCAUGUCGUGUGAGGUGAUAGAAGUUAAGAGAAAAGAAGAGAAACUUAAGUUGUCUGUAGAUGCUGUAUAUUUUCUUUCACCAUUGUAUCCAGUGCCAAAACUUUUAAGUUAUUAGUUUCUCAGCUUCCCACAAGCAGAGAUGCACCCCAAGGUAAUGAAAUCAAUACACCACACUGCUCCAAGGCUCUGUGGUCGUCACCCGGUGGAUCAACAUGCAAGGAAAAGUAAAUCAAGGACGGUGCAGUCACUGAAAACUUGUGUCCUUGUGUCGACGUUUCCAUUGGCCAUUGCAGCACCAGACGCUCAGAAACAAGGCCCAGGGUUGAGAAGGUGAGAGGGAGCCACCUGUUGAGGCCAAGCUAUUGACUCAAACCACUACGCUAACCACCACAAUCUUUGCUCCUCUAAACUUGCCUUCCCACCCCCACCCCCACAA